CACAACCAGAAACAGACAGUCAAACACAAAACAACGACCAAACUUAGUAUCCAUAACAACAGAUAGUCUGAGACAAGGUUGAGGCGUCGAUUUGGUCUGCGGGGACGGAGAGGUGUCGGUAUGUGGCUUGAGAAAACAGACACAGACUGGCCUAGCGAUGCUAAGUCCUGCUUCUAUAGUAACCCUAACAGGUGCUGCCUUCAGCCUGCCUUUUAUAGGAUCUACCAAGUGGAAUAUGGACCCUGGGACAAAACAGACACUUCCUAGCCUUCGUCCACCCUACACUUUCCGAAUGUUAAACCAGACCUCAGACAAUGUCAGUGCCUCAACAUUAAAUAGCCCAUUGACAAAUAACAGUAGUAGAGACAGAAUCCGUAAAGGUGGCAGCGCCACAGAGAGGCGGUUCCCGUGUUCGUCCUGUAGGAAGGCCUUCAGUUUCCCCCAACAGGUGAAGAGUCACCAGAGGAUUCACACCGGGGAGAAACCAUUUGGUUGCCACCUGUGCCAGGGCAGUUUCUCCCAAUCGUCCAGCCUGAAGAGGCACCAGGGGGUCCACACAGGGGAGAAACCCUACAGCUGCCCCCAGUGUGAGAAAAGGUUCUCCCACCAGCACCAGCUGAAGAUGCACGUGAAGGUCCACACGGGAGACAUGAACUAGUUAGUUUGUCGUCAAUUAGUUUGAUUUUAGAGGUAUAGGGAAAUGGAUGAGGUGAAAUGAGGAAAGAAUGAGUAUGAUGAGGUAGAGUAGAUGAUAUGGUGAUGGUAUCUAUAAAAAUUCUUCCCUAAUGAAAAGUUACAACCUUAUCCUGUUUUUUGAUGCUGGUGUUUUAUAAUGAGGAAAUUAUAGUGCCUUAAUUCAUGUUUACUUGACAUAAAGUGGUGAAACUUAGUGUAAUGUUUAACCUUUUCCAUAGUAUUCUAAAAUUAAUUUUAUCAUUGCGAGGGUACCAGAUUUACAGAACAUGUUAAG